AUGAUUCCUCUCUUCAACAAAGUGCUUCCUCUCUUGAUCAAGAUGCUUCCUCUCUUCAUCAAGAUGCUUCCUCUCUUCUUCAAAGUACUUCCUCUCUUGAUCAAGGUGCUUCCUGUCUUCAUCAAGAUGCUUCCUCUCUUCAACAAUGUACUUCCUCUCUUGAUCAAGAUGCUUCCUCUCUUCAUCAAGAUGCUUCCUCUCUUCUUCAAAGUACUUCCUCUCUUGAUCAAGGUGCUUCCUCUCUUCAUCAAGAUGCUUCCUCUCUUCAACAAUGUACUUCCUCUCUUGAUCAAGAUGCUUCCUCACUCCAUCAUGCAGCUUCCUCUCUUGAUCAAGAUGCUUCCUCUCUUCAUCAAGAUGCUUCCUCUCUUCAACAAUGUACUUCCUCUCUUCAUCAAGAUGCUUCCUCUCUUCAACAAUGUACUUCCUCUCUUCAACAAAGUGCUUCCUCUCUUCAUCAUGCAGCUUCCUCUCUAA